AUGGCAUCUGUACCAAGCACCAUCGAAGCCAUCGCAAUCUCCAAUACCGGCGACUUUGAUGUUAUCGAGAAGCAGACACUACCGUUCAAGCCAGAGGCCUCUGAUAUCGUUGUCAAAGUCGAAUAUUUUGGAGUUAAUUUCAUCGACACAUACUACAGAAAGGGACUAUACCCCUUAAAAUCCUUCCCAGCAGUCUUGGGUAAAGAAACGGCUGGAACGAUCGUAGCGUUGCCCACCGAUGAGAAGGUACUCAACGAUCCCGACUAUCAAGCUCGUAAGUACACAAUUGGAGGGAAGGUUGCAGUGGAUUGGUUAGGAACUCACUCAAGCUAUGUGGCGGUACCAUACAAGCUCGUAUAUUGUGUACCCGACUCCGUGUCAACAUUAACGGCGGCAGCGGGCCUUGUACAGGCCAUUACCGCAGUAAGCUUCAUGGACGAAGCCUACGCAGUCAAGAAGGGCGAUGUCUUGCUUGUCCACACCGUCGCUGGCGGGCUCGGACUCCUUUUCACUCAAUACGCCAAACACAUCGGUGCCACCGUAAUUGGAACGACAUCGACACCGGAGAAGGCGGAACUGGCGAAGGCAAACGGCGCUGACUACGUCAUUUUAUAUAAGAGCGAGGAUACUGUGCAGCGCGUGUUGGAAAUCACGAACGGCGAGGGUGUGGAUGCUAUCUUCGAUGGUGUGGGAAAGGAUACGUUCGACAAUAAUUUCAAGAUGAUCAAGAGGAAGGGGACCAUCGUCUCAGUGGGCAAUGCCUCUGGCGCGGUCCCUCCUUUCCCGGUCCUCAAACUAGUCGAGAAAAACGUUAAAUUGCUCCGCCCAACGAUGAAUAAUUACACGUUCACGCCUACAGAGGCAUUACACUACGGCAACAAGGUCUUUGACCUUAUCUCCAAAGGAGUUCUGAAGGUGCAUGUCUUCAGGGAAUAUCCAUUCACUGCGCAAGGCGUGCAACAGGCGCAGAAGGACCUGACGGGAGGCGUGUCUACCGGGAAGUUAGUGAUCAACUUAUCGCAGGUCUGA